UAUACUAUUCUCAUAAGCAAAGUCAAGUCAGUCGAUGAGUUUGACGGUUGAGAAGUACAUGUACGAUCCGAAUGAUGAAAAUCCUGCGACAAUCAUAUUAGCAAGCAUCAUAAAGUGAUAUUAAAAAAGACUGAAGUAGCAUCAAAAUCAAUAAAAUAUGGAAUUCGGAGGAAAUAUGGAAGCCGUUGGAUGUUGCGAGUGAAGUCACUAUUGGAGCGGAAUUUUUUUCGUCUGACACAAUUUAAACUCAGAACCCUCGUCGUCUGACAUAAUAAUGGAGGAGUUAAGACAAGACGUUGGAGACAAUAGCUCUCCUUCGUCUGAAUCCACGACCACGGCCACGGCCGAAGAACUGGAAGAAUGGCUUCGUGCACAAUAUAACCUGGUUACUGUAGCACAAGCAUUGUCAAAAUUAGAAGAAAUAAUAAAUAACAGACCAGAUAGGACAACAUCUGAAGUUAUAAAGAUAGAUGAUGCUUAUGGUAGAAUAUUGGCUGAAGCGCAAACUUCCAAUUGCGAUUUGCCAGCAGUUAGAGUUGCUACUAAACAUGGAUACGCAGUAUUGGCACGUGAUGGUGAAAGCAGAAGGAGAAUAAUAAAGACAAGUUCUUCUGAUCCGGUAUCUCUUCUAUCUGGGACAUGCAUGUAUAUGAAGAGUGGACAACGUGUUCCUGACGAAGCAACAGCUGUUGUGCAAAUGAAGGAUGUAGAGCGACUAAUUCCCUAUAGAAAUAUAAUUUUAAUAAAGAUUAAUCCGGAAAUCGGACAGAAUAUUAAAGACAUCGGUAGUGAUUUAUCGAAAGAGAAACAAAUUGUACCCCAAUUCACACGUAUUGGGGCAGCGGAAUUGAUACUUUUGGCAGCUACGGGUCGUAAAGAAGUUCCAGUCGUCAAACCUGUAUCCGUAGGUAUAUUUUCAAUUGGAGAGUUCUUAGUGAAACCUGGAGAGCCUUUAAGUCCGGGACAAGUUUACGACAGCGCCAAAAUAAGCUUAACCGCGCUAUUGAAAGAUAAAGGUUUUAAUUCGAUAGUGGACUUCGGAAUUGUGACAGAAGAUAUACAACUUAUAAAGAUGAAAAUCGAAGACGCUUUAAAGCAAGUGGACGUACUUGUGACAAUAGGCUGUUCGAACGAUUAUGAUUUGUUGAAGCCCAUUUUAGUGAAUAACUUUGAGGCCACUAUACAUUUCGAAAACAUAUUUAUUAAACCGGGAAAAUCGACAGUGUUUGCGACAUGCGAGUUAGAGGGAAAACAGAAAUAUCUUUUAUGUCUAUCGAGAAAUCCGGUAACCGUUCUCGUUGUCGCGCAUAUAUUUCUCUUAACUCUUUUGAAGGGAUUAUGCAAUAUGUUCCAGAAGCCCUGCAUAAUUCCAGCUUACGUAAAGGAGGAGUAUCUUUUGCAUUCACGUCCUAGAGCGGCAUGGGCGACUUUAGAAUGGAAUGAGUGGGAAAAUUUCGCGAGAGCUUCUAGCAGGGAAAAUCUCGACAGUGAUAAGCUAUCUAGUUGUCAAGGUGCUAAUGCGCUCGUAUUGUUCCCGUCGCGAGCAUGGAGUGACAAGAUGUCGAAUACAUAUCUAUGUGCAAGUCCAAUCAAAUAAUUAGGCAUUAAUAACAGAUGGUUCUAAUUGUCUCUCAUCAGCAUUUUAUGACAAAACAAUUGUGUACAUAACUAUAUAUAUUCGAUU